CGGAGGCGCGCGCCUGCGAGCUGAUGUCUGGGCUGCGGGCGCUGCUGGGCUUCGGGCUGCUGGUUGCCGGCUCACGCCUGCCUCGAGUCAGAAGUCAGGCCGGCGCCUGCCGCGCGGGCCCCACGUGGUGGGGAACGCAGCGGCUGAGCGUGGGUGGGCCCCGGGACUCAGAGGCCAUGGCGAGCACCGCGGUAAAGUACCUGAGCCAGGAGGAGGCCCAGGCCGUGGACCAGGAGUUGUUCAACGAGUACCAGUUCAGCGUGGACCAACUUAUGGAGCUGGCUGGGCUGAGCUGCGCCACGGCCAUUGCCAAGGCAUAUCCCUCCUCGUCCAUGGCCAGGAACCCCCCUACUGUCCUGGUCAUCUGUGGCCCCGGCAAUAACGGAGGAGAUGGUUUGGUCUGCGCUAGACAUCUCAAACUCUUUGGUUACCAGCCAACCAUCUAUUACCCCAAAAGGCCCAACAAACCACUCUUCACUGCACUGGUGACUCAGUGCCAGAAAAUGGACAUCCCUUUCCUUGGUGAAAUGCCCCCAGAGCCCAUGAUGAUUGAUGAGCUGUACGAGUUGGUGGUGGAUGCCAUCUUUGGCUUCAGCUUCAAGGGUGAUGUUCGGGAGCCAUUCCGCAGCAUCCUGAGUGUCCUCAGUGGACUCACUGUGCCGAUUGCCAGCAUCGACAUUCCCUCAGGAUGGGAUGUGGAGAAGGGAAACUCUGGAGGGAUCCAGCCAGACUUGCUCAUCUCUCUGACAGCACCUAAAAAGUCUGCUACCCAGUUCACUGGUCGCUACCAUUACUUGGGAGGUCGUUUUGUACCACCUGCUCUGGAAAAGAAGUAUCAGCUGAACCUGCCAUCCUACCCGGACACUGAAUGCGUCUACCGCCUGCAGUGAGGCAGGAAACCCAGGCAGGCACUGGACUCGGCUCUUUCUCCCUCCCCAACCCCCGCCCACCAUGCUAAAGUGGACUCUCACAUCUUUGGGGGUCUGGGCCCCUGGCUGUCGUCAUCACUGCUGCUCUCCAAGUUUCUGUCUGGCUUCUCUCCACCCGAAGUCAGCGUGGCCGUCUAGGAGGGAUGAAGUGCAUGCACAUGGCCCACUCAACACCACUACCACCCCUCUUCCUUUGUGGAAGCCUCCCAGGAAUUCAUAGCCUAGGCAGGAAUUUGCCAGCCCCCAACUUGCUCCUUGCAGAGCCACAGGCACGGGGGCCUGCAUACUUCAACCUGGCAGAAGGUGGACUGCAGCUGCUGGAAGCAAGCAACCUUGGGCUCAUAGCUGGCUGGUGGGCAGAACAGACAGGAAGGGAGUGCUCUGGGUCAUCAGACCGUUACAGAACAGGUGCCAACAACUGACAAUAAAGAUGGCAUCCACCCACCCCCACCCAA